AUGUUCCACCACACAGCUGGCCACAAUCCGGCUGGUCACCACGUCGUGACGUCUGCGGCUCCGAUGCGAGACGGUCAGGAACCCCGAGGACAUCAGGCUCGCCGCCAGCCCACCGCGUACCGCGUGGAGACGUCUGCAGCUGCGAUGAGUCUGCGUAAAAGCCCCCUGGGCACAUCUAACGAAAUCCUGCACAUGCGAGACGGUCAGGAUCGCCGAGGACACUAUGCCCGGCGCGAACCAGCUGUGUUCCAUGUCCAGACGCCUGUGGAGGUGCCCACAAAUGGCUUGCGCCGCGAGGUCGACGAGGCCGCGGCCAGUGUUGAUGGCGUGUACGAAGGUCUCGCAUACGGCCUCGACCGCGAAUUCAACGCAUCGGCUAUCGGGAGAAACCUGCGGUCCCUGUGGACGUGCUUGACGACCGCUGUAUACUACAAGCUUAACUCUACGCCCGAGAAGGCGGACCAAAUCACCGCUCUCCAGGAGCGCGUUGCAGAAUGCGUCUAUGACCCUCUUACGUCCAACGGCGGCCUCUACAUCAAGAUAGAGAAGUUUGGCAAGCUCUUCGACGAUGCGCUGCAAGUGCCCUACUCAGUCGUUGACUCUGUCUUUUGCGAAGAGUUCGGGCGCGCGCCUGCGGGACCUGACGGGGUGUUCGAAGAGUUCGAAGAAGAGGCAGCCGCGAGCGCGAGGAUUGCGCAAUGGGUCGCCUUCAAAGGUCCAGAAACCGGACGUCGGGUCGAGUGGGAUCUCGGGGCAUUCCGUGCCGUUAUUUGGGUGUACAAGAAUUACCUGUUUGAUCUCCCUGUCUAUUUCGCCGUUGAUUUCAUCUCGUAUCACCUUCGAUGCAAACUUGAUUUUGGGCUCGAGGCUGAAAACGCUCGCACCACCGCCGCACUCGUCGCCUCCAAACCCCGCCUCGUAGACCACGUUUACAUCUCGCGCAUCUUCCCCGAGCUCUCCACCAAGAAGAUCAUGACCGCCGAGUGGAUUGAUGGCGUCCGGCUCAGCGACAAGUGCGGCAUCGCGCGCCUCAUGGGCGACGACCGCGCCUCCGCCUCCAGCACCGACCCGCUCGCCGCCGACCGCUUCCCGCCGCUGCGUGGGGGUGCGAAGUGGGUGAUGCAGACAAUGAUCUACCUCUUCAGCGCGCAGAUAUUUGACUGGGGCUGGGUGCACUGCGACCCGCACCCGGGGAAUGUAAUUCAGCAGUACGCGCGGCUGUGGAAGGCGCUGCUCACGGUCGACUUUGCGGCUGUGAGCGCAGUCGCGGGCGAGUGGGGCAUCGGUGCGCCGGACCUGUUCGCGAGUGCGAUGCUCAUGCGGCCCAUACGGUUUGCGGAGCAGGCGCCACUACCGGACUUUGAGCGGAUGAACGACUACGAGCGUGGGGUCGUGAUGAAGGCGAAGCAGGCCGACGUCCGUACUGGACGGUCGAACCGCGGCCGCGCAGGCAUGACAGAGCGGGUGGGUGGGACGAUGCGCAGAGGGUGA